AGCAGUCCCAAACUCCUCCUCAGGCUCGAAAUGUGUCAAAUCGACAUCGAACCUAUCAGAGCCUAGACGCGACCACGACGAAGAGAAAAAAGAAAAAAAAGAAAAGAAAAAUACCCUCGAAGUCUCCUGCACGAUCACUGCAGGUCCUCCAAAUCUCCGAGCUCUCGAAACCCUAGCAAUGGCGACCAGGCGAACGAGACGGUUCGGAAGACAACAGAACCUCCUCCCUCUUCGUACUGGCCAAGUCUCCAAGUCUCUCUCGUGCUGGUACUGUGACUGGAAAAUCCGCGCCUUUAAUGAGAAAUUGUUCUUUAUCGGCCACCGAUAUGCCAGGUUGCUACAAGUUUGGUUCACAAUUGGGUCUGCUUUCAGUCUUGUGGCUCUAGUUGGAGUUGCUGCGUUGCUUAUCCAUGAACUGGGAAGGGCCUUUUAUCUUCACAAUUGGACUUAUGGCCUUAACAAUCUCUCAGUCAGCUGGUUGUUUGGCACUUCCCCUCCGUCUUUUGGUUUGAGCAUAUGGAUCAUGAACGCUGCUGUAAUGUUUUUUUCAACAACAUUUGCUGUUGCUAUCCAUGAAUUUGGACAUGCUGUGGCUGCUGCGAGUGAGGGGAUACAAAUUGAGUACAUCGCUAUAUUUUUGGCAAUUGUAUUUCCUGGAGCCCUGGUCGCAAUCAACUACGACAUGCUAAAUAGUUUGCCAUGGUUUGCUGCUCUUCGAAUAUAUUGUGCUGGGAUUUGGCAUAACAUCGUGUUCUGUGCAGUUUGUUGGAUAAUGAUGUUCCUGCUUCCCUUUGUCUUGUCUCCUCUUUAUGUACAUGGUGAAGCUCCCACAGUUCUAGAGGUUCCUCAAACUUCUGCUUUAUCUGGUUAUUUGUCACAUGGGGAUGUGAUCACAGCAGUUGAUGGUUCAAGAAUUCGGUAUCCCAGUGACUGGACCAAGAAGAUGAUCCAGAUUAAUUCCCAAAUGCUUCAGACAACAUUCAGUGGGAAGAAGGGGUAUUGUGUCCCUCAUUCUUGGCUAGUCGAGACUAAUAUUACUCGAAGAAUAGAGGACAACUUUUCUUGUCCUGGCGAGCUUGCUAUUUUUGCGAGUAUUCCCUGUUUAUCUUCUAGCUUGUCAGAUGGUAUCAGAAAUGAGGAUAGGAAUGCAAACAGAACAGUAACUAAGCAAUGCUUGAAUGCCAAAUAUGUUAUAAAGCUUAAAAAAUGUGGGGAUGGAUGGGAGGUGACUGGAAGUGACCAAACCAGUUGUGCAUGUUUGGAGCAUGAAUCCUGCAUGACGCCUGUUCAGAUAAUUGGAACGUCAUGGGUUGAAAUCUCAUAUUCAACACCUUAUUCACCAGAGUGCUUACAGCUAAGUAAAAAUACAUCAGCUAAUUCGGAUGACAUAUCGUCUGCAUGUGGUGGGACUUUUGUAUUUAUUGGCAAUGUGCUCACUUUGGCAUAUUCCAUUCACCUAUCAAUUUAUCAGCCUCGGUGGGUAUAUCUUAGUGCUACUAUACCAACCCUGGUGGAGAGCAUAUUGUCUUGCACUUUUCAUGUAUCUGCAACUUUGGGUGUUCUCAAUAGCUUACCGGUUUUUUUCCUUGACGGCGAGUCCAUUUUAGAGGUCAGUCUGCACUACAUCACCUGGCUUAACCCAAGGAGGCGACGUAAAGUUCUGAGACUUUUUCUUGUUGGAGGGACUAUCUUAUCCAUUAUUGUCUUUUCAAGGAUUCUUUAUGCUAUGUUUACUUUGUCUGCGGAUUACUGAGGUCUAGGAUUAACCCAUGAUAGAUUGGCUGGCUUAUCACAAAUGGGUUUGCUAUAAGGGGGGAAAAAGAAUCUUUCAUCUGGACAAUAAAAAACAUAACCAUGUUGGAGCAUCUGGGAGAGACUUAUUGAUCGAGUGACAAUACUUUGCUUGCCAAUAUUGUGGAUCACCAUGCAACUCCUCACAAUCGACUUAGAAGAGAAUUGAUGGCACUGAUUGACUUUCUUGUUCUAAUGGUACCCAUGGGCAUGCUGAAACGAAAACUAUGAAAGGACUGGAGAGCAAGAGUUUGCUUUGAGGAAAUCAAUUGGCAUUAUCAGCCUGUUUAUUAUGGUCCCUAUAUGAAAUCUCUGACACAGAGAAACCAAAUUAUGGCAACAGCUCACUUCGAGGAAACCAACUGGUAUUCUCAGCCUAUUUAUUAUGGUUCAUAUAUGGAGUCGCUGAUAUGAAGAGUAUUGAAAAACCUGAAGCUUGGAUCUAUAUUCAGGCAUAUUUAUGGUUCCGGCUAAAGCUUUUGCGUAAAGAGUUUACAGGUUUAUUGUGGCUUUCUGAUUUUCCAUUCUUAAGAAGAAGUUGAGACUUUGGAGAUAGAUAAUAUUGUAGAAGUUCAUUACUUCAUUUUCUCUACGGAGUUUUUAGGAAGAUGACAUUUAAUAUCCUAAAGUAGAAAAGUAGAAGCACCAGAUCUACAGCAGUGCAUUCAUAGCACGGUUUCAGUGCGACAUAUUUAUGCACAGGAGGAUUUAUAGCCUUUCUUUCUUGAGUAAUUAGUAUUUUCUGGAUUAGAAGUGUCCAAGACGCUGAAUAUGAAUUUUAUAGUGAAAUCUGCUGACUGAUGGGCUGCUUAUCUAUGCUUCUAUUAUUUAGCUUUCCCUGACGUGGGAAUUCAAUGUGUGUUGGUAACAAUAAAACGGUGAAUUCUGCACUUUCUUAGGGAACUACGAGAUUGUGUGAUUGCGUAUCAGGAUGAUGGGUGACUGUUCCAAUUUCAACCCAAAAAAUAUUAUCGGAGCAGAGUGAGAGCUUCUUAUUUCUCAUGACUUACGUAUGAUUCCUUUGUACGGGUUUAUUAAUGUAAGAUUGUAAUGUACAUAAUAGUUUUGUAUAGCCAUUAUUGUGUUCUUGUUCGUUAGGUUGCAUUAUCUGAACUUGGCCUGGUCCAACUAAUCCUUGAUAUGACUAUUCCUGUAUAAAUCCUUAUUUGCUUAGAAGUACAAGAUGUGCAUGUGGUCAA